AGAAAUCACGCGCGGUUGACAUAACCCGGUGGCAUGCAUAAUUUACUGCUUGUGUUUUUCCGGUUUGGUUUUCAUGUUCGGGUUGAUGAAGGUAUUCAAAUCGAGCCCACCCUUCGCGUCACAGCUUUCGGGUGUGGCACAGGUCGCUAACAGGAGCUAACAGGUAGCGUCAGGUAGGUCGCCAAAGAGCAGCCAGCCAGCCGUUCUCCUCCUCCUGGGCAGCUCGGAACUCGAGUCGGACGGCCAAAUAUUCCGAAUUACGUGCGGCUUCUUUGUUUAGUCGCUGGGAGGAAGGAAAAGGAAAAACUCGGGGGACUAUAAUUAUCCUCAAGAGCCAUUCCCCCCCCCCUGUCGUCGUCGUCGUCCUCAAUUUUCAUUUGAGACGGGAGACAACGACGCCGGUUAGGAACAUGGAGGCGCGCCACUACUGACAAAAAAAAAAAAACCCAAAAAACGAGAUAAAACAAACAAAAAAGAAACUCAACGAACCAAUCGACGGACGAUUGAAAGUUUCACUCAUUGAAGUAUCGAGUCGAUAUUUAUGUUCGGCUCCUAUGCCCACGCUUCACGUUGAAGUUUGAGGUACGCAGCGGCAAUGGCCGACGUGGACCUGGAGCAGCGGGAUCCGUUCCCCGUGGAGCGACAAGAUGAGAAACUGGGUCGAGAUGACCUUCCAGAUGGGAGGCAGAAACUGGGAUGCUGCGAGAAGUUCCAGCAGAUCAUCUCCAGGUGGAUGCUCCCGGCAGACGCCCGCAGCACCUACUUGCAGCGGGCCAACUGCUGCCCUCCACCUGUUUUCAUUAUUGUCAUCAGUGUUGUAGAGCUUUCCAUGUUCAUCUACUACGCUGUGUGGAAGCCUCAGAAGCAGUGGGUGACUCUGGAGGAAGGCAUCUGGAACAGCCGCCUGACGUACCGACCCGAGUACAGGCAGGAGGCGUGGCGCUUUCUCUCCUACAUGUUUGUCCAUGCCGGUGUGGAGCACAUCGUGGGCAACCUGUUCAUGCAGCUCCUGCUGGGCAUCCCCUUGGAGCUGGUCCACAAAGGCUUUGAAGUGGGAAUGAUUUACCUGGCAGGAGUCUUGGCAGGCUCGCUGGCCAGCUCCAUCUUUGAUCCCCUGAGUGCCCUGGUGGGAGCUUCCGGGGGUGUCUAUGCCCUCAUCGGAGGCUACUUUAUGAACGCUGUGGUGAAUUUCCGAGAGAUGAUCCCUCUGCUUGGAGUGUUUCGCAUCUCUUGAGAUGUAUGCUGUGUUGUAGUGGGCAUGGACUUUGGCUUCGCCUUCUACAGAAGAUUUGCCGGCGACGAGGGCAGUAUGAAGGUGUCGUUCGUGGCUCAUUUUGGGGGGAUCGUGGCCGGCAUGACGGUGGGCUACGUGUUCUUUAGCGACUACAACAAGAAGCUGCUGAAGGACCCUCGCUUCUGGAUGUGUAUAGUGGGCUACCUGGUCUUCUUGCUCUUCGCCGUGCUCUUCAACAUCUUCAUCUCACCUGCGUCUGCCUAGUAUAGUAGCUCACUAUUUGUUAGUUUUAAUUUAAGUGCCUUAAGGUUUUAUUACAGCAUUAAGUAUUGUAUUUUGUUUUUUUCAUGCAAGUUGCGAUAUUAAAAAGUCGGUUUUUA